ACAUUUGACUUUUUCUCUCAGUGUUCUGGCUGAUCUCCAUACGUUUGGUUUUGCGAAUGUAGAGAAGUGCCAAUCGUUGCAGUACAAUAACUAUGAACACGCUGAUCGUUCUAGUGUGUAGUGUUCUUGCUAUAGCAAAUUGCCUGGAUGCCAGUGUGAUCACCUUUGGGCCGAAAUACAUCCGGCCUAAACAACCCUAUAUUGUGGCCAUGGCCAAUCCACAUAGGUCAGAUGUGAGCGUCAAUCUCACCUUAACUUGUGACGGUGGAAGUUUUUCUCUGUUUGGUAAAACUCUCAAGAGACAGAGUGUGGAGCGUUACUCUUUAAUGGUUCCAGAUGUAUAUAACAUUGAAAGUGAAUGUUCCUUUUUGGCCGUCAACGAUGGCGGAAAGAUAAGUGUGUAUCAAGAAGUCGAGCUAAGUAUUGCACGAAAGACACUAUCGAUAUUUAUCCUUACUGACCCUACGUCUCCACUAGACAGAAAUGUCUUGCCAUUUUGCUGCCAGAAAGAGAAAACGUAACAGAAAUGAUCAACACCGCUGCUUUCCAUGAAAACAGCGAGAGAUCAUUUCUGUCAUGACACAUCUGUCCAGAAAAAUGGCAAGACAUUUCUGUCUAGUGGAGACGUCGGGUGACAAACCCAUCUAUCAGCCGGGUGAAAUAGUAAGAUUUCGGGUGGUCGUACUCGACAUGGCGACGAUGCCCGUUAAUCAUAUCGACAGUAUCCAGAUCGUUUUUGAAGACAGCAAUUGGCAUUCCCGGAGGCAGUGGACUCGAGCUGUGCUUUACAAGGGAAUUUUCGCAGCCAAUUACCGGUUGUCGCCCACUCCGACUCUGGGCAGGUGGACCAUUAAGGUUACAGCAAUUGAUGGUGUCAUUCGCAACGAGAAGUUCCAGCAGUUCGAGGUUCGAGAAUACGAUUCGCCCAAGUUUGCCGUCAAAGUAGUACCUUCGCGCAUUCUGCUGAUAUCCGACAAAGAAAUCAGUUUGAACGUCGAAUCACAUUACACAUUCGGAGGUCCAGUCCGGGGAGAAAUUUUUGUACAACUGUUCACCGAUGAUGAUUUACAAGUAGCCACUCACAGCAAUAGAAGAAGUUUUAAUGGUACCGGUAGUUUUCCGUUCAUGCUGGACGAGGAACUCUACGUUCCGGAUGGCGAGGAUUAUGUCAUGGUACGAGCCAACGUAACGCUGUCGGAAAAGGUUUUCAAUUUUACGUUGACCGUUACCAAAGAAAUUCCUGUAUUUAUGUGCCCGUAUCAAAUUGAACUUACAAGUGCUGUGAAAUACUAUCGGCCUGGGGUACCAUAUCACUGCAGGUUAUCUGUCAAAGAUCACUAUGGAGUUUCAGUAAAACACAAGCCCAUAACAGUCAAAACCGAUACAGGUGUGGAACGAUCAGUAACGCUUGACGACCAAGGAGUAACAUCUUCAGACCUCCCCAUGCCAGAUGAAGCUGACUUUGUAGAGAUAUCGGUAAGCUUAGAAAACCGGGUAUGCAAAAAUAUCCAUACGAUAGAAGGCCUUGAAUUUACGUCAUCCCAAUACCUGCAAAUUUCUUCGCUCAAAAGAAAUUUGAAGGACCCAACUGUGUCCUUCAUCGUCAGAUCGAAUGUGGAGUUAUCUCAUUUAUACUACUUUGUAACAAGCCGAGGAAACAUUUUGCUGGCCAAACAUGAGCGUUGUUAUAGGAAAAGGUCACAUAUGAUUAACUUUGAACUCACCGUAGAUAUGACGGUACAGUCUAAACUGUUUGUCUACACACUUAAUUCCGGUCACUUUAUUAUGGAUCAUUGUGAACUGAACUAUUUUGCAAAUGAAGUGGAGGUCUCACCAGAAGAAUACAUAUUUCAACCAAAUCAAGACGUUGAACUAAAUGUCAAAGCGGAGAAAGAUUCGUAUGUAGCUUUUCAGGCAAUCGACCAAGGAGCUUUCCUGGAAUACGAUGGAUUUGGAUUAAAGAAGGCGCAUGUUCUUGAGGAUCUAGAUGAGUACACCCAUGGUGGCAUUGACUACGAAUUUGACCCUGUCGGUUCUUAUGGUCUCUUUUCGAGAACUGAUUUCGAUACCCGCGAUGAAUCAAGGCGCACCAUGUGGUCUACUCAUCAUACAAGACGUCAACCGAGGGUUAAACCUAUAUUAUUCGCAACCGGUUAUGCUGAAUCGUGGUUUUGGAAAAACUACACAAUGGACAAUAAGAAGGAGUUGGCCAUGUCUGACGUGUUCCCUAAGACAAUCACUUCCUGGUAUGUGACUGGGUUCGCUCUGAGCCCUUCUCGUGGCAUAGGACUGAUAAAUGCACCGGUGAAGCUGACUGUCUCCAGGCAAUUCUUCAUUAUUGCCAACUUUCCGUACUCGAUCAAACGUUUCAAAGUUGUCCGGAUACAAGUGACCUUGUUCAACUUUUUGACCAGCUCGUUGCCGACAAACGUGACUUUAUACAACCAGUAUGACGAGUUUGAGCUCGUGGAUCGGACACCGGAUGGCAGAAUACUUGGCAAACAAGCAAUUGUGGUGCCGUACGAUCAACCAACAUCCGUUUCGUUUCUGAUUAAAGCCAAAAAACUAGGAGACAUCACAAUAAAGAUUGAAGCCGUGAAUCAUUUGAGAAUUGAUGAACUAGAGCACAUACUUCGUGUAAUACCAGAGAAUCAUCUGCGUUUUAAGUCGGAAAAAGUAUUCAUCAACCUUACUUCGCAUGGAAAGCAAAAGUUUUACUUGCCUCUCGACAUUCCGAAGUAUGCGGAUCAAGAAUCGGUCAACAUUCAAGCAUUAAUAGAUCGUAGAUCGCAUGCAAUCCAAACUGGAACCGCCAGUUCAAAUCUACUGACCAUUAUUCCCAACCUAGUUCUACUGGAUUACAUCAAAGAGGCAAACAAAAAGGAACCUGCCGUAGAACAAGAAGCAAUUAAUCAUCUAUCCACUGGAUACACAAAACAACUGAAGUUCAGACAUUCUAACGGAGCAUUUGGCCAAUGGGAUCCACCACAGAAGAAAUCAAGCAUCUUCUUGACGACGCUAGUUGCCAAUGCUCUCGCCACUGCAGCCAAACAUAUUAGUAUAAACCAAACUAUUGUCACAAAAGCAUUUUCAUGGAUAAAAGAAAAACAGAAACAAAACGGAUGCUUCGAAGAAGUUGGAGAAAUUAUCUACGAUCCAAUCCAGAAUAACUCAUCUAACUUUGCCCUCACGGCGUUCGUAGUUGCGGCUAUCCAGGAGAAUAAUGUAACCGCUAUCCAAUUUGGUGAUCUCGUGGAGAAAGCAACGAACUGUUUGGCUGAAAACUUUCAAUCACUCACAAACACAUAUGACAUAGCAUUGGCCACUUAUGCUCUAUCUUUGACGGGGCAUUCUAAACGACAGGACUAUUUAAAUAAACUGAUCGUAGAAUAUCACAAAGAUCAUACUGGACGCUGCUGGGACGGAGAGUUACAAGUGGAAAUAAGAGGAUACGUCCUUUUGUCUCACCUAGCACAGCAUAUGUACCAGGAAGCUAUUCCCAUCAUGGAGUGGUUGAAGGAACGAUACUCUACUGGAGCAUUUACCGGCGUUCCCAGCUCUUUUGUGGCACUGAAAGCACAUGGAAAAAUGGCUGUAUAUCUACGAACAAGAGAAACAGAUAUCGCGAUUCGUAUGAAACUUGGUCGUAUGCAUAUGGUAUCGAUAGUCUAUGAUUCAAACUCUCUAAAUCCUUUGGUUCUUGAUAUUCCUAAUAACAUUCGCACUCUUGAAUUUGAAAUCGAAGGUAUUGGCUUUGGUUUCACCCGAUUGGAUUAUAAAUACGAAAUAAACAUUCAAAAACUAAAGGCUUCAUUUACACUGGAUGUAAUCGUUCUCGAUACUAACAGUAUCAAUAUUCAAAACCUGCGAGUGUGCGUGAGUGAUCUACUUAUUGAAUCUUAUGAAACUUCUGGAGUUGUCCGGGUGGAGGUGUACCUUCCGAGCGGAUUCGAAGUAAACGAGAACGCACACAUCGAUCGUGAUCGUCGUGUUAAAAAAACCGAACGAGUCUUCAACAACACCGCCCUGUUUGUGUACUACGAUGAAGUCAGCGCAAAUCAAGAGUGCUUCGAAGUUACUGCACACCGGAAGUAUCAAACCGUAUUACACAGACCGUCCUACGUAGUAGCGCAUGACACCACUAAUUUGUAUAACCCCGCAAUAACAUCGUAUGAAGUCGAGGUCCAAGAAAUCGAUGAAUUGUGAGCUAUUGUUGGUAAGCUUACAAAUUUGAAUGUUUCAACAUUAUUGUUCAAAUUUGCUCACAGCUUUAUUUGAUAAAUAACUGGAACGAAACUGUAAUAAUGUAUGAUUCAAUAAACAAGAGAUGUAAUUGAAUAGCACUACGAGCGAAGAUUAUUUUGAUUCCCAACAACAUAGAACACAAUUGUUGUAACUUACACUUUCCUUUGGAUUGUUAGGGUAAUUGUUCCCUUCGUUGCGGUAGUACCGUGAUUUCGGGUGAAAUUGAUCACUUUUCACAGUUUUUGGCUUCUAAUCUUUGAAUAGUUGUCGAUAUGGCCAAACUCAAUGCUUUAAAACAAGUACGACCACGGGUUUCAUCAUUCAACGAGGUUGAAAGUUUUCCUGCAAAUCAUUUUAUUGCAAUAAAUAUCAUUUGAAAUAAAAAAUCAGAAAUUUUAGUUUCGGGGUGAAAUUGAUCAGUCAGUGAAAUGUUUUUGUUAGUGCAGGAAACAAAUUUUCCAUCUGAAUUAUUCUCCCCAGAGUGCGAAAAGCUUUGUAAAACUUAUACAAGUUUAGUAAAUUCUUAAUUAUUUUAAUUUAAAGUUUAAUAAAUCUAACGAAAACGCCUAAAAGUAUGCAAUUUCCAUACUACACAAGUCAUAACUUUAGAAAAAGUCCAAUUUUAUGUAUAAAUAUCAAUAUUUAUAGAACUUUUGAUGACGAAAUCGGGUUUAGCGAACACUUGGCAGCUAUAAACAUGCAUUUGAAUAUUUAUUCCACGUGCGAUACAGCUACGAUAACAAAAGUUUGAAAGUGUCUUUGAAAAUCGCCAAAUACGCAGUUUCGGAAAAUAUUAAAUUUAAUACAGAAAUAUGUGACUAAUUAUCUGUAAAACAUGUAAACUCAUCAUUCAAUAACCCUUGAGCCAGAUGAUGGCCAUUUUCAACAAAUUGUUUUAAGUUCAAAGCUUUAUUUUUGACAAACAAAAAUUGCCCUCACGUUGAUCAAUUUCACCCCACUGAUCAAUUUCUCCCGAAAUC